UGACAGUUGUUAGGUGCUUUCGUAAAAAAAAAAAAAAAAAUAGAAUAAAAAUAAUACAGCAAGACAAAGAAAGAUUAUGCGAAGAAGAAAAGAAGAAGAUUUUUUCUUGGAUGAAGAAGACAACCUCUCUUCCCUCUUCUUCGAGACCAUUUGGACCGUUAUGUCCCUUCGAUAAUUUUCCCAGACGAAUCUCAUUGUUCAGUCAACAACUCGUAUAUAACAUCAUGUCGAACGAAAUGAAAUUCUUUGAAUCGAAAAAAAAGGAGACUAAUUUAAAUCGUCCUAUCGUUAACGGAUAACGAAUUUCUCAUUAAUUUUCGAUUAAUAUUAAAUAUAUUUUAAACAAGAGAGAUAGAAGAAUUAUUGAGAAAAAUUUAAUUAUUCGAUUAUGAUGACAUCGAGCUAACAUCGAUUAUUAACCAAACAGAAAGAAGAAAAAGAAGAAGAAGGAGAAAAAAACAAUAACAAAAUUAAUUAUUAUAAAGAAAAUUCGUAUUUUGUAUUAGAAUUAUAAAAGAUUUACCAUCGAUGAUUUCUAAAUCGACGUUUAAGGGUCAUUCUUCGUUCGAUCGAGAUGAAGCUGAACGAUAAUCUGACAAUGGAGGCUUGCAACAUAUGGGAAAACGUUUGUCCCCGAAUAUGCCGUCGUCCGAGAAUCGGCGAUAUUCCCAAGUACGACGCAGUUGACGAGGAAUCACCGAGUUCGUCGUCAAAAAAGUUGACAAUAUCGCCAUCGGAGGUGGAAAAAAACGUGACACUGGAAAUCCCAUUGGAAUCAUCGAACAAAAAUAAUCCUGUACAUUCGUUGAUGGGGAAAAAAACCGAUCAGGAAGAAAUAUUACCGAGUGUUUUCGAGAUAAAAGGAAGAGACGAAUUAUCAAGGUGUCAAGUGAUCGAAACAACCGAAAUCCUGGAUCCUUACGGUUCGGAAAAAAUACGUAAGGAUAUUUUUGUCGAUAAACGUGGUCGGACAAAGGAAAAUAUUCUUGAAAAAUUGUCCGUACCAAUUGAAAAAAUCUCUUACGAUCUUGAUAAAGGAUCUACAUUGCAAACCGAAACAUUUACCACCGAGUUGCAGGAUCCAAAAUGGAAGAAUACUUCGUCUCUUAGUUCGGAUAACGUUAAGAUUGCGUCGAGCCCGGAAGAAACGUCGGAUUCCGAAAUAAUCGAAGUACGAAAGGACAGUGCAUUAUUUCUCGAGGAAGCCGAAGGUUUUGAUCCUCGUGAAUUUGCUAAAAGAUUAAGCGGCACGUAUAGAUUUUCAAGACCACGUAGAGAAAGUAGCGGUUACGCGAGUAAUUUGGGUACAUUCGACGAGGAUAGAAGAAAUUCGGGGAAUUUCGAUGUGAUUCAAGAUUUUUCGAAAGAAAGAAGAAGAUCAUCGGCCAAAAGAUUGAAUUCGCGAUACGGAGAAGAAGAAUUAAGAUUUUCUUUAGCAUCCGGUAUUAAUAAUAAUAAUAAUAAUAAUAAUAGGAAUAAUAAUAACGGUUUGGAAAGGAUGCCGACCACCGAGGUGCACAGGAAGCUUUCGAGCUCGGGUUUGGAUAUGCCUGACAUAGAGGAAGUCAAGGAACUUGUCAAGGACGAUUCUAACAGUUCAUCCUUAUCGCAAGAAAAUCUUCACGAUCUUGGUCAUGCAAACGAGAAAUCUUCAAAUCAAUCAUCGAUCGUUUCGACAAACGUAACGGAUUCGGAAUGCGUAACAAAAUCAUUAGAAAAUUUAUCGAACGAAUGUUGGCCGAAAGAAACGACAACUGUACGAACAAAUAUCGUAUCCGAUACGUGUUCGAAAGAAAAAGAAGACGAGGCCAUCGUAGAAUUGUUAGGAAAAAAAGAUGAUGAAGUUGAAUCGAUCGUUGAGACUAAUCUAUCAUCUAACAACGAAAAUAGUAUAACAACGAGCAUCGAAUGCGUUCGAGAAGAAAUUCAAUUAGAAUCUAGCGAGGAAUCAUCAAAACAAGAGGAUGAUCUUGAGAUCAUUGAUAGCAUGAAAAAGAAGAAGAAAAAAUUGAAAAAGAAAUCAAUGAUAAUCGAUAAUACAAAACCGGAAAUAAUUUCAAGAUCUACGAACAAAGUUUAUCGUUUUAUAUCGACCCAAUCGGAGGACAGAACUGACGAUCGUUUGGAUAUCGAACUUUGUCCUAACGAUCGAAGGAUUUCGUUGGAAAUAACAAGAAGGAGGGGGCUGGAAGAAGAAGGGGAACUGAUGGGAAAAAUAUCCGAUCGAUUAUCAUCGAUCGUUCAAUUGUCCACUAAUUUUUCUUCCAACGUUUCUCCAACGAAUAAUCAUUCGAAAAAAGACGAGACAAGAAAUGACGAUGCUAAUUUUGUUGAUGGUGGUAGUGGUGGUGGUGGUGGUGCUGGUGAUGGUGGUGAUGGUGCUGGUUGUCUUCCUCCUAGCAACAACGUUCCAGGUGUUCGUGUUUUAACGGGAUCAUCAACAACGUUUACAAAAUUUUCUCAAGAUGGUGAAAUCGUCAGUGGUACUAGUAUUACUCAUCAUCGAGUACUAGCAGACGUUGCUGCGGUCUCGGUCAGACCCAUUUAUCCUUAUUGUCCUUAUUCUCCUUACGGUAGUCCUCAGGGAUCACCGAGAAAUCGUAGGAGACCUCUAAGAGAAAGUAGGAGAGUCUCUAUCGAUAACACUCAAGGUGGAUUACAGUUAAACCAGUACAGGUUGAUGGAUAAUAUUGGACAGGGCUCGUAUGGUAUAGUAAAGUUAGCAUACAACGAGGAAGACGAGACUCACUAUGCCAUGAAGAUAUUAAGCAAAAGGAAGCUUAUGAAGAAGGCUGGUAUUUUUGGUAGAAUGGCACCCGGUAGAAAGGGUAGCGCAGAUCCUUUGGCAAAGGUUUAUAGAGAAAUCGCACUUUUGAAGAAAUUGGAUCAUCCGAACGUCGUCAAGUUGGUUGAAGUACUUGACGACCCGGACGAGGAUAAUCUUUACUUGGUAUUCGAGUUAGUACAGAAAGGAGAAGUUUUACAAAUACCAACUGACAAGCCUCUCGAUGAGGAUACCGCUAGGAAGAAUUUUCGCGACGUUGUCAUGGGAAUCGAAUAUCUACAUUAUCAAAGAAUAGUACAUCGCGACAUUAAACCGAGCAAUCUUCUGGUGGACAGCGAUGGUCGAAUAAAAAUCGCUGACUUGGGUGUUAGUGCGGAAUUAAGGGCAUCCGGGGAAUUGUUAUCGGGACCAGCUGGUACACCGGCUUUCGCAGCACCGGAAACAACCAUACUAAACGCUCAUUAUUCCGGCACGCCGUGCGACGUUUGGUCUAUGGGAGUGACACUUUAUUCAUUGGUGACCGGAAAAGUACCAUGGGACGGUGCGGGAAGUAUAAUUGGCGUACAAGAUGCUAUUCGUACGGAGCCAUUAAAAUUUCCAGAAAGACCAAAGCUCUCACAGGAUUUACGCGAUCUCAUAGAAAGGAUGUUGGCCAAACGACCAAACGAUAGAAUAUCUUUGCAAUGUUUGAAGGAACACGUUUGGUUGACGAAUACUGGGAAAGAUCCAUUACCUAGCGAAGCGGACAAUUGUAGAUUACAAGUUACGGUUACGGACGAGGAAGUAGAAAGGGUUGUCACCAAAAUACCAAAGCUGGAUACUUUGAUUCUCGUUAAGAAAAUGCUCAAACAACACAGUUUUCAAAAUCCAUUUCUACCGAAAAGAACAUCUGGCAGAAUUUCUGGGGGAAACGAAGGGGGGGAUCACGCGACGGAGGAAUCAUCUCUACCUUUGGAAGGAACUGCAGAAUCUUUGAUCCAACGUGCAACUACUUCGAGGAAUAUUAAAUCCGAAAGAUUUCAGAGAUCUGGUAGAAGUAAUUCAGCACCGGAUUCGUACGAUUGGCAGGCGAACAACAGGCAAAUAUCAAUGGAGAGUCCUCUGCCCCCAGUGACGGAAGCGUCGAAUCAAGAAGCAGAAAUCGAAAAGCGGUGAUACGUUCGUCAGUAAAUCCGUCGAUCGAAUUAAUUAAUUAAUUAAUUAAUUAAAAGCAGCAGCUGUAUGUGUGUUUGUGAGUGUGUGUGACAAGAGGUCGACGAAAACAAAUGUCGAUACGAUACGAAUCAACGAAAAUCAAUCAUUCUUCCACGUUAUUAAUUAUCAUCGUCGAUCUCUAUCUCGCGUUGUCUUUUUCUCUUUUUUCUUUUUAAUUUUUAUUUUUUUUUUUCUUCCAUUUCGAUUAAUAAUAAGAAAACAAAAAAAGAAAAAAUGUUCAACUGGAGAAUUCGGUGCACAACAUGAGAUGAACGUUUUCUUAUGACGGGUGAGGGAAAAAGAAAACAACAAACAAACAAACAAACAAACAAUCCGUUUGUAACGAAUUAGUUCGUAAUUGUUAGUUUUAGUUGCAUCGUUUCGUAAAAAAUUGGUUUCACGGGAAACUAUUGCAUUGAACAACCCAUAUAUAUAUAUAUAUAUAUAUAUACAUAUAUGAGUCGUUAAACGAGAAAUGAGAUUAAAAUAAUUAAUUAAUUAAUUAAUAAAAACAAACCAGAGAUAGUGAUAUCUCGAAUGAUCGAAAAGUUUCUUCCGCGAGUUAUAGUUUUGACGUAUAUAAAAUAAAUAAAAAAAAAAAAAGAAAAGAAAAAAGAAAAGUAAAAAAAAAAAGGACGAUCAAUGCGAGUUCAUUAAAAAUGAAUUGAUUGAAUAAUUAAAUAAAUUUCGUCGAGAUAUAGGAAGACGCGCGUUAUUGCUAUGCAAUCUUUAGAAAGUAGAAGAUAUUCUUGAAUAAUAAUAACACUCGAUUAUAAAAUAUUUCAUUUACAAAUCCGGUCCGAUGCCGGUUAAAAUGACGAUGUUUUAAAUGAUGUCGCAAAAAAAAAACAAAAAAAAAAAAGAAA